AUGACAGAAUUUGGUCCCGAACACCCGAGGAACUUAAUACCUGAACUGUGCAAUCAGUUUUAUCACUUAGGAUGGGUUACGGGGACAGGUGGAGGAAUAUCUAUCAGAGAAGGUGACAAAAUAUAUAUAGCGCCAUCUGGUGUACAAAAGGAGAGAAUGAAACCGGAUGAUCUGUUUGUACAGAGUAUAAAUGAUGUGGACUUAGAACUGCCGCCUCCGGAAAAAAAAUUAAAGAAAAGCCAGUGCACUCCGCUAUUCAUGCUGGCCUAUAAACAUCGCGGCGCGGGCGCCGUCAUACACACGCACUCCCCGCACGCGGUGCGUGUCACAUUACUGUACGGAGAUGUGUUCGAAAUCACCCACCAGGAGAUGAUAAAGGGUAUAAAAGAUGCGUCACUAAACCGCUACCUUCGUUACGAUGAGAAGUUAAUAGUUCCGAUAAUAGAGAACACGCCUUUCGAGAAGGAUCUGGAAGGCAGUCUGUCCCGCGCGCUGCAACAGUACCCUGGCACGAGCGCCGUGCUGGUGCGCCGCCACGGCGUGUACGUGUGGGGGGACUGCUGGCAGCAGGCUAAGACUAUGACCGAAUGCUAUGACUAUCUCUUUGAAAUGGCGGUGGAAAUGAAAAAGCUCGGUCUAGAUCCUGCCUUGAAUCCAGAAACCAAAGAAAAUGGGAAUAAA